GCAAGAAACUAAACUGCGGGGCCAGCAUUGAGGGGCAGUUCAGCGUUAAAUGAGGUGGCUGUGAAUCCCCUUGUAGUUGAGAAGUAAAGCUGCCCUGAACUUGGCCCACACAGCAGCAGUCAGCUUUCCUGUUAACGCUGUGGCUCAUCUCAUCGACAGACAGCAGCGGUGAGGGCGUCACUUUUCAGAGCAGGGGUGAAGAAGCAGAUGAUGUUGUUAUAGAGCCUUAAUUUCUAGAAAGGGAACACACAUUUUGCAGUAGAUCCGACAUCCUUCUGAGCUGCAUUUGAAGAUGAUGCGAUUGCUGUUCCUGUGUCUGCUGCUGCUGCUGCCAGCUGCUUCUGCUGUUUCAGAGAACGAAGGAUCAGGUGACAUCGAUGAGGAUGAUGAGGAUAUGUACAACAGAGCGAACUCACAUAGGGACAGCAUGCCUGCUCCUGGCCCCGCAGAUAAAACUACAAGUCCAGACGACGACUCAAAUAAGGUGACCCUGAUCAUCAUUGUUGUGGCUGCAACAGUCUUGGCUCUUUCAGUCGCAGCAAUAGUCACCAUAAUAUUAGUAAAACGCCAAAUGCAGAAGCGGCAGCAAGGGAUCUAUUCUGUGCCGACAGAACAGGACCAGAAAGGGGCCAUCUAAUUCCUGGAGGAGCCGCAGUAGCACUAUAACACACAGGCAAGAGAGGAGUGACGCAUCAGGCUAUGUUCUCUCCACCUCUUUGACUCAGGACAGAUAGACUUCUUUGCACAACAGCCUCCUUCUCACUGCUCACUUCACUCCUACACAACCUCCUAUACAUGUGUAACUAUGCAAUCCGUGUUUUUUUAUUUUCUCCCGUUAUAUACUUUUGUGUUUGUUCCCGCUGUUUGUACUCCACAUACACACAAUUUAGCCUGGGACAUUUGGAAUACAUUCAAACCUUCUAAUUGGAUUCUAUUUGAGGAAUCCAAAUCAAAGCCUGUGAAUAUGGCUUGAAGCUUCUUUUGUUAAAAGGGAUAAUUUAGAACAGCUAGAGCUCCCCCUCUUUUUUUUUUUUGUUUGCCGCCUGAAACAAGAAAUUAUUCCCACUAGCUAUGCAGAGAAACUGUAUGUGAUUUGGUACAUGUGGAACAGACCUGUCUCUGUGAAAUGGUCGUUGAGUUAGACAAACCAUGCUAAUCCACGCUAAGCCAACCCAGCGCUCACUUGAUUCUCUUAUUCACUUGUCUGACAUCUUCUGUUCCUGGCCCAUUAGGAGUGACAGGCGGCAGCGUAAUGGAAAGAUUAAAAACCUGUUCCUCCUCUUCUCAACCUCAGUCAAAAAAAAAGAAAAGUAACAAGUGGAAAGUGCCAGUGUGAGCACCCUUUUCUUUCCCCCCACUCAAAUGCUGCAAAUUAAUCGACCACCGUGAAUGAUGAUGUUUUCUUUUCUCCUCUCCCCCCCCCCCUUCUGUUUUUUUUUUUUUUUUUUUUGCUGUUGAAAGGCUUUCACUUUAGUCCUGCAUAUUGUAAAUAGCUCUCUGAAUGCUGUGGAGAAUUAGAUUAAUGCCUCCCACACUGGUGGAGAGACGCUUGGUGUGAGGCGAGGAUAAAAUCUGAUGAUUGGGAAAAUACCAACAAUGCCUUUGUUUCAUUCAUGUGGAGCAUGAAGGCUUCUCCGAUUUCAUUUAAAUGAAAUCAAUCACGCCGUGUGAAGGAAGGCUCUCCAUCCAGGAACUUAAGGCACUGGUUGCCUUGUUUUGUUGGUUUGUUUGUUGUCAGCAAAGGUUAAAAGGGGAACAGGACAGUUUGGCAUGUCGGUUUUUCACUGAUAACAAGAAUAGUUACAUGCAGUUAAACACUGGAUUUGUCAAAGCGGGAUCUCACUUGCUCUUCCACUAAAUUUUGCAGCUAGUCUUGCCACUGGGGGAAAAGGCUUGGCUGCACUCCAGCCACAUCUGAGAGCAAAAGAAAAAGUUGUGUAGUUAUGUCUUUAUCAUCGUGUACAGCGGAUUACUGGUUUGUGCUGACGGGCCAUCUUUGAAACAAUGCUUCCAAGUUGAUGUAACACAGACAAAAUUGGCCUGUGCGAUUGUUUGUGCAUUUGUGUUCCUGUUCAUAUCUGAGCGCUGUGCAUACAGUGCUGUUAUUUCUCAGAAAUGUAGCAUUGCUCAGUAAGCCCUCAGUAUAUAUCAGCAUUUCAAAGGGAGGACAAUUUGACAAAAAAAAAAGUAGUACAAAACAUUUCAGUUUUUUUCUAUAUAUAUGUGUGUAUAGUCAUAUUUACUGAUACUCACUCUUUCACUUGGACAAAUAAAUCACAGUGCAACAACAUCUGAGUGCAGCGGAGUCUCCUCUUUGAAUGCAUUUUCUGAAAAGCAAACGGAUUUAAGCAGAAAUCCAAAGAGGAUAUUUGAUCCACUCUUUUUUGUACAAAAAAGCCUCACUGUUGUGACACUACUAAAGCACAAAAUGUAACACGUGUAGCUUUUUAUAUUCUAUCUCAAAGUGAUAGACAGAUAUGUUAUCUAUUUGGGCUAAAUGCAUUGUCGGACCGUGCAACUCUUAUCUAGCCUUUUAACCCGUUAAAUAUAUAAUAUAUUGUAUGAAUUAAAGAUUGAAUGAGCUGCAUUUUCAUUGCAUCUCUUGAUGGGAAAGCAAUUGUUGGAUAAAUUGUCUUUUUACAUAUUUCUUGUGGGUGGGAGUUGGUUACCAGCCAACAACUAUUUUAUGUAAAAUAUUUGUAUUUUAAUGUCAUAUUACAGCCAAAAAUGUUAAAUUUGAACUGAAUGUUAAAUACUUGCAUUCAUAUAUGCACUUUUCUUUCCGUAUUAACUCUGACAGUGGCUUCUUAUCAUUUAAUAAUUUGCAAAGUCUGUAAUACACAACCUGAUAUCUCACCAGGAAACAGUUGUUGUACUGAACUGUAUAGCUUGGUUCUGUUUGCACAGCUGCAGCCACUUUGAUUUUGCUCUGAUAGCAGUUCAAAACAGUGUAUACUACUGUAUAUUGUGUAGCUAUGCUGAACUCUGGAUUUUGUGUUUAUUUUGACAUUAAAUAUGUUAUAAAGA